UUGAGAGGAUUUAGUAAAGAAAGAUUAAUCACAGUUAACUGAAUAUGGCAAGUCUCAAGUUAUGGUUUUGUCUUACCUUGCUUCUUCUCGAGUUCUCCAUGCAUCAAUGCCGGCCAAUGGUUGUGGAAGAGAGGCCUUCAGAUUCAGGUAACAUAAGAAAGAUUAUGAGGGAGCUUCUCAAACGAUCAGAAGAGCUGAAGGUGAGAGCAAAAGGCGACAAAACGUUCCUUGAUUCUAAGCGGCUCAGCCCUGGUGGACCGGACCCUAGACACCACUAAAAGGACGUACCGAGUUCGUGUAGUUUUAUAAAUUUUCCGGUGAGGUUUUCAAACUUGUAAUGUCGGCAGAGGCUUUGCAUAAAUGGUGUAACUCUAAGGUUACCAUCUUAUUAACAUUGAGUCAUAGAAAAAUGUUAAAAAAAAAAAAAAAACACAUUGAGUCAUAAUCAUGCGUACUAGAUAAGAUGCUUGUUUUUAUUUAAGCGCGUUUCUUCUGUACGUGUUAUUACCAAUAAUGUGAGAAAUUGGCAUCUACAGAACGCAUAUCAAACCAUUGCAAUUUCGUUUUUUUUUUUUUUUCGCAUUGUG